AUGAUAACGACAAUGACAGUAUCAACCACUGAUGAAACUAAACAAGACCGUACCAAAAAAAAUGAGAACGAUCAAGAUAACUUAAACGUUUCCGAAUAUUUACAUUCGUUAAUUUCGAAUAAUUCUGAACUGGCUUCCAGAUUAUUAUCUUUAUUAUUGGUUAAUUCCAAUAAUUCAACAGAAAUUAUUAAUGCCAUAAAUAGUAAUAAUACCAAUACUAAAGCCAAUACCAAUAAAACUACUACAAUGAAAAUUAAUAAAGAUAUAGUCGAAAAAAAUCUGCCGAACCCUGUUCCUAUUUCAAAAAAAUUAACUGAUGAAAAGAAAAAGAUAAGUGAUAAUGAUAAGAAAAAUGAAAGUAAUUCUGAUUUAAUAAAGGAGAAGGAAAACUCUAUAGAACCAUUACAGCAACAGCGAGAGCUGCAGUCGCAAACGCAAUUAGAAAAGAAGAGAAAAAAUACAGAAGCAUCAACAAGAUUUAGAAUUAGAAAAAAGCAAAAGGAGAAGGAUAAUAUUAAUAAAUUAAAUGAAUUAAACAUUAAAAUUUCUAAAUUAUAUUGUAAGAUUGACAAAUUAUUAAGUGAAAAUAAAUCUUGGAAGGAAAAAUUACAAAAAAUAAAUGAACAAAAAUCAAAUGAUUUACUAAAUAGCAUUAAGAAGGAAUCAUCCUAUUAA